UAAUGGGGGACAUUGUGCUUAGGAUUCGUAUGGCGCUAUACUCCACCAUUCGCAGAGCUUCUAAGUCCACAAUUCCUCUCGCACUUUGCUCCGUCGCUACUGCCACCGCUUCCGCCGUUGGAAAUGGCGAUUGCGGCGGCGGUUCUAGAAGCUUCUCGAUUCCGGCGCUUCACUACUCCACUAGCGCAGUCAAGAAGAAGAGAAAACACAGCUCCUUUGAUGAUAUUCUGCUUCAAAUCGUCGAUUCAGAAAUCAAAUUUGCCAUAGAUUCUGAAUUUCACGACUGCGUUGUAGACAUGCCAGAUGACUUUCCUUUUAAGGUUCAAGAUAAAGCAGGAAACAGAGUUAUUGUUCUUACGAGAAAUUAUGGUGAAGAGACCAUAAAUAUUGUAGUGGACAUGCCUAAUUCCAGAUGUGAAAAUGUUGAAGAUGAUGCUGUUAACAGUGAGGAAGAGAGUGAGCCACAACCUAGUGUUCCAUUGUCCGUCACCGUGUCAAAAGUAAAUGGCUUGUCACUAGAGUUUGAUGUGAGAGCUUUCCCAAAUAAAUUUUCAAUUUGUGGCAUGUCCAUCAAGGAGCCAAAAAGUUCAAGCAAUCAGGUAGACUAUAGAGGGCCUGCUUUCUCAUUUCUAAAUGAAAGUCUUCAGAAGUCUGUCUAUGAAUAUUUUGAAGUCAGAGGGCUGACGGGCAGCACUGCUAACUUUUUGCUGGAGUAUGUAAUUAGCAAAGACACCAAGGAAUACAUCCGGUGGCUUAAAAAUAUCAAGAAUUUUGUCGAGAACUAGCAUCCUUUUUCAUGAAUAGGUGGAGCCUGCUUUUUCUGCUGAACAAGUCUCUAGUUGAUGGUGUUUUUACUGAAGAAACAUUUGGCUGAUGUCAGACGAUAGAUGGAUGGAACGUCAAAGUUGGUAAGAAGUAGCAACAGCUACAACCACAUCAAACUUCUUUGCAGUAGUACUGGCUAUAAUAAUGAACAAUCAGUGGAGGCAAUCCUUGUAUAAAUUUGAGCAUUUUUGUGAUUUUGUUCACUCGAUUAGAUUUUUUAUGAAAACAAUAAUGUUAUUGCAUGAAUUGGGCAACUUUCUUAAGCUGCAGCAUACAGAUACCAAUUUAAGAUACAAAAUCACACACAUUCUACAAACUAUUUCUCCUACAUUAUUAGUUGGGCGUUUUGGUCAUCA